ACAGCAUUGUCUCCACUGAAGAGGAUGGACACAAGGUCUCUGCCCUGAGCAGCAUGAACGGACACAGCAGGAAUGGACAGGGCCAUGCCCCCCGACGGAAACGCCGCAAUCGCUUUGUGAAGAAGAAUGGCCAGUGCAAUGUCUAUUUUGCCAACUUGAGCAACAAGUCCCAGCGCUACAUGGCUGACAUCUUCACCACAUGUGUAGACACACGCUGGCGCUACAUGCUUAUGAUUUUCUCAGCGACCUUCUUGGUUUCCUGGCUAUUCUUUGGCUUCCUCUUCUGGUGUAUUGCUUUCUUCCAUGGAGACCUGGAUGCCCCUAGUGCGGGAGGUGGCCCCACCAGUCUAAAGCCUUGCAUCAUGCAUGUCAAUGGCUUCUUAGGAGCCUUCCUUUUCUCAGUGGAGACACAGACCACCAUUGGGUAUGGCUUUCGCUGUGUGACUGAGGAGUGCCCACUGGCCAUCAUGGCAGUAGUGAUCCAAUCCAUUGUGGGAUGUGUCAUCGACUCUUUCAUGAUUGGCACCAUCAUGGCCAAGAUGGCACGGCCUAAGAAACGAGCCCAGACCCUUCUUUUCAGUCACCAUGCUGUCAUCUCUGUGCGCGAUGGCAAACUGUGCCUCAUGUGGCGGGUGGGAAACUUGCGAAGGAGCCACAUUGUAGAGGCCCAUGUCCGAGCACAGCUGAUCAAGCCCUACAUGACAGAGGAAGGUGAGUACCUACCACUGGAUCAGCGGGACCUCAACGUGGGCUAUGACGUAGGCCUUGACCGCAUAUUCUUGGUGUCCCCCAUUAUCAUCGUCCAUGAGAUUGAUGAGGAGAGCCCACUCUAUGGAAUUGGGAAGGAGGAGCUGGAGUCAGAGGACUUUGAGAUUGUCGUCAUCCUGGAGGGGAUGGUGGAGGCCACAGCCAUGACCACCCAGGCUCGCAGCUCCUACCUGGCCAGUGAGAUCCUCUGGGGCCAUCGUUUUGAACCUGUGGUCUUUGAGGAGAAAAACCACUAUAAGGUGGACUAUUCACGCUUCCACAAGACCUAUGAGGUAGCUGGUACCCCUUGCUGCUCAGCCCGGGAGCUGCAGGAGAGCAAGAUCACCAUCUUACCUUCUCCCCCACCUCCUAGUGCCUUCUGCUAUGAGAAUGAGUUGGCCCUUGUCAGCCAAGAGGAAGACGAGGAUGAUGAUGAGGUGGAAGUGGGGGCAGGGUUAGGAGGAAGCACCAAGGAGGAUGGAGGAGUUAUCCAGAUGAUGGAAUUUGGUAGCCACUUGGAUCUGGAACGGCUACAGGCUACCAUUCCCUUAGAUGCCAUCUCAUACCGCAGAGAGUCGGCCAUCUAACUCCUUCUGCCUUUCCAUCCCACAUUUUUCACCCACCAUCUCCUUCUCCCUUCUGCAUCAGUGCUUAGUUGGAAAAGUCCCCAGAAAGCCUCCUUUGACUGCCUCUCAGCCCUUAAGCAUAUACAGGUACAGAGCUGCUCUGAUGUGCUCACCACUCCAGUGGGCACCACCUACCCUGGGACAGGCUUUGUGCAAGAAGGUGGGAGAGCAGUGUGUGUGUUGCAAACCUUUAUCUAGAGAGCUACUGUUGAGGGUAUGCCCUCCACAGACCCUACCUGUGUGCAGGGCUGGAAACAGGAGAAGACAGACUUGGACCUAAAACAUUUGUGUCUGAAGCUGAGGGAGUGACAGACUUUCCAUUCAUUUGUGAGCAUGGGGAGUGCUAACAGAACCAGAAGGGCCAAGAUUGUUGCCAGAGGGAAUGUAGGUUAUAAAUGCCAACCAAAUUGUCAUGGACAGAAGAGUUUGAGGCUCACUGAGGGAGGGCAGAAAGGAUCUGGGGUGGGGUUUAUUUGCAUGUUUAUUGCUUGUUGCACAUGACUUUUUUUGUAUAUAAAACAAAUCAAGAACCAAAAUCCAUAUUCUUCCAUUUAAAAUGCCAGACCAGGAGACAAGAACCCUGUAGCCCACUCUACUCUCUCUCACUCUCUUUCUUUCUCUGGUUUUUGACAUCCAUCACCCCCAGAGGCAGGCUGAGUCCACAUACCCACUCCAUGGUCCCUUUUUUUAAAGCUCUUCCUGCCUCUCUCCAGAGACAUCUAUAGAGAAGACAGAGCCCUGGGUGUGUGCAGGAUUGGGGGGCAGCCCCCAAAGGACAGACAACCAGCUUGCCAGUGCAGCUGUUCUGCUACAAGUUCCUUCCACCACCUCCAUCCUCCCUCUGUCAUCAGCUGUAAAAUUGAAUUUGUAACUAUUUAUUUUUAAUAAAGUAUAAU